UGGUGGCAGUUGUUUCUAGACUGGUGAAUGUGGAAGCUGUAGGUCAGUUCUGGCCUCUAAAGACUCCAUUCUGUCUCCCACCUCUGAUUCCUCAGAUCUCGGCCCUCUUGGAAGAGAAGCCAAAAAUGACCAAGUCUCAGGAGUUAGUAUCAUUCAAGGAUGUGGCUGUGGAUUUCACUCAGGAGGAAUGGCAGCAGCUGGACCCUGCUCAGAGGACUCUGUACAGGGAUGUGAUGCUGGAGAACUACAGCCACCUGGCCUCAAUGGGGUAUCCAGUUUCCAAACCAGAUGUCAUCUCCAAGUUGGAGCAAGGAGAAGAUCCAUGGAUCGUAAAGAAAGACAUAUCAAAUUGGAUUUAUCCAGAUGAAAAUCAGGCAGUUGGGAGACAAGGAAAGAAGAGUAACUUUGAAAAGCCCCAACCAUGUAUUCUGGGGACUCUUUCCUUCCACAAUAAGAUACUAAAAGGAGCCACAAAGGAUGGUUCAUUGUACUCCAUUUUAAGAAUCUGUCAAGGUGAUGGCCAGCUGCAGAGAUGUCAGGAAAACCAGGACAAACUUUUCAGGCAAGUCACAGUAAUCAACAAGAAAACAGUGGCUGAGGAGUCAGGCCACAAAUGUAAUGCAUUUGGAAAACUCUUUGAAGAAUGCAUAGACCCAGGUACUUCAAGACAAAGAUUCCAUAAAUACGCGUUUGGAAAGAACUUGAAACCUAAUUUUGACCUACCUAGUAGUAAUAAAAGCAAUUCAAGAAAAAACCAUGAUGAGAGUUUUGGAUGCAGAAAACCAUCCAGCCACAGUGCAUCCAACUCUAGUCUUGGGAAAAUUCAUAAUGGAGUAAUACCCUGUGAAGGUAAUCAAGGUGGACAUAUUCUCAGUAAUAAACAAUCUUUUAUUCAACAUGCAAAUGCUGAAAGUAAAGAGAAAACCUGUUUAUGCAUUACAUGUGGAAAAGCCUUUGCUAAGAAGUCACAGCUCAUUGUACAUCAAAGAAUUCAUACUGGAAAGAAGCCAUAUGAUUGUGGUGCAUGUGGAAAAGCCUUCAGUGAGAAGUUUCACCUCAUUGUACAUCAGAGAACUCAUACUGGGGAGAAGCCUUAUGAAUGUUCUGAAUGUGGAAAAGCCUUCUCUCAGAAAUCAUCUCUCAUUAUACAUCAGAGAGUUCAUACUGGGGAAAAACCAUAUGAAUGUAGUGAAUGUGGGAAAGCUUUCUCCCAGAAAUCACCCCUCAUUAUACAUCAGAGAAUUCACACUGGAGAGAAACCUUAUGAAUGUAGAGAGUGUGGGAAAGCUUUCUCCCAGAAGUCACAGCUUAUUAUACAUCACAGAGCACACACUGGAGAGAAGCCAUAUGAGUGCACUGAAUGUGGGAAAGCAUUCUGUGAGAAGUCCCACCUCAUUAUACAUAAGAGAAUUCACACUGGAGAGAAACCUUACAAAUGCACUCAAUGUGAGGAAGCCUUUAGCAGGAAGACAGAACUUAUUACACAUCAGUUAAUUCAUACUGGAGAGAAACCCUAUGAAUGUACUGAAUGUGGCAAGACCUUCUCCCGAAAGUCACAGCUCAUCAUACAUCAGAGAACACAUACUGGAGAGAAGCCCUAUAAAUGCAGUGAAUGUGGGAAAGCCUUUUGUCAGAAGUCCCAUCUCAUCGGACAUCAGAGAAUUCACACAGGAGAAAAGCCUUAUGUGUGUACUGAAUGUGGGAAAGCCUUCUCUCAGAAGUCCCACCUGCCAGGACAUCAGCGAAUUCAUACAGGAGAAAAACCUUAUGUAUGUGCCGAAUGUGGAAAGGCAUUUUCCCAGAAGUCGGAUCUCGUUUUGCAUCGCAGAAUUCAUACUGGAGAAAGACCCUAUCAAUGUACUGUAUGUGGGAAAGCCUUCAUCCAGAAGUCACAACUUACUGUACAUCAAAGAAUUCAUACAGUAUAAAAACUUGUAAGAAUGAGCUGAGCACAUAAAAGCCUUCAGUAUUAGCUUGAGCCUUAAUAUUAGAAAACUGUUGAAUUUCAUGAGUUUGGGGAAAACAUCUCUAUAGAUAAAAUUUACAAGAGAAGUCAUGUUUCUAGUGUGGUGAUACUUUUCCAGCAAAGGUGAUGGAAAAUAAUUGUAUAAAAGAAGGACAUUUUCACCAUGGCAGGUAAAACUUUUAAAAUUAUUAACUGACUUAUGAGCAGAACAAAUUAUGUGUACAGAGUAUUGUCAAGUUAUGUAUUCCUGAUCAUACCAUAUGAUAUUUGAAAUUGCUAUUAUCCUACCAUAAUUGUGGUCAUAUGAUACCAAAAAAAAAAAAAAAUCCAGUGCCAUCGAGUCAAUUCCAACUCAUAGCGACCCUAUAGGACAGAGUAGAACUGCCCCAUAGAGUUCCCAAGGAGCGCCUGGCAGAUUCAAACUGCUGACCCUUUGCUUAGCAGCUAUAGCACUUAACCACUACGCCACCAGGGUUUCUGGUCAUAUGAUAGUUCCCUAUAAAGUAUAUUAAGAAAUUUUGAAUAGAAAAACACCAAUUCCUAGAAACUACACUCUAGGAAGGGAACUUGGGUAUGAACCCUAAAGGUAUUUAUAAAAUUCUUCUGGUAGAAAGAUGGAAAGAUGGGUUGAUCAGGUUCAGUGAAAAAUGUUGCCGUUGAGUCAAUUUCAACUCAUGGUGACUCUCUAGGACAGAGUAGAAACUGCACCGUAGGGUUGUCAAGGCUGUAAAUCUUGACAGAAGCAGAUUGCAACAUUUUUCUCCUGCAGAGUGGUUGGUGGGUUUGAACUGCCGCCCUUUCGGUUGGCAGCUGAGUGUUUAACCGUUGCACCAGCUGGGCUCCAGAUUUAGUAAAGGUGAUUUUUGUGUGUUUUCCCAUAUUAAGCAUACAAGUUGACCCAUAUCUCUGGAAAGACCCACAUCUUGAAAUUGGUGCUUCUUUUCCAGGUCUCCCCUUUACCCUGCCCAAUUUAGAGCUCAGGAAAAAAAAAAAACCCAGUGCCAUCGAGUCGAUUCCAACUCAUAGCGACCAGCUUGGUGUGGUGGAAAGACUUUGGUACUGAAGCUAGAUGGUCUUAGGUUUUGUUCAU